AUGGAUCUCCGCGUCGGUAACAAGUACCGCAUUGGCCGCAAGAUCGGUAGCGGUUCUUUCGGUGACAUUUACCUCGGUACCAACAUCAUCUCGGGCGAGGAGAUUGCCAUCAAGCUCGAGAGCGUCAAGGCCAAGCACCCCCAGCUCGAAUAUGAGGCUCGCGUCUACAAGUCCCUCGCCGGCGGUGUCGGCAUCCCCUUCGUCCGCUGGUUUGGUACCGAGUGCGACUAUAACGCAAUGGUCCUGGAUCUCCUCGGCCCUAGCUUGGAGGACCUGUUCAACUUCUGCAACCGCAAGUUCUCGCUGAAGACCGUCCUGCUCCUCGCCGACCAGCUCAUCUCCCGCAUCGAGUACAUCCACGCCAAGUCGUUCAUCCACCGCGAUAUCAAGCCCGACAACUUCCUGAUGGGUAUCGGCAAGCGCGGCAACCAGGUCAACGUUAUCGACUUUGGUCUGGCGAAGAAGUACCGCGACCCCAAGACUCACUUCCACAUCCCGUACAGAGAGAACAAGAACCUUACCGGCACUGCCCGUUACGCCUCCAUCAACACUCAUCUGGGUGUUGAGCAGUCCCGUCGUGAUGACAUGGAGUCCCUUGGAUACGUUAUGCUGUACUUCUGCCGUGGCUCCCUCCCGUGGCAAGGCCUGAAGGCUGCCACCAAGAAGCAGAAGUACGACCGCAUCAUGGAGAAGAAGAUGACCACCCCCACCGAGGUCCUUUGCCGUGGCUUCCCCAACGAGUUUGCCAUCUACCUGAACUACACCAGGUCUCUUCGCUUCGAUGACAAGCCGGACUACUCUUACCUGCGCAAGAUCUUCCGCGACCUGUUCGUCCGUGAGGGCUUCCAGUACGACUAUGUCUUCGACUGGACCGUCUACAAGUACCAGAAGAACGCCCAGGCCAUUGCCCAGGCCGCUGGAAACCAAGCCGGUCCCGAGGACGACGACAAGGCCCGUGGCCGCCACGUUACCAACACCGCUGCCGCCACCGCCGGUCAGACCGCAGCUACCGGUGCCGUCACCGACAAGCGCCGUGGCCCCGUCAACCCUCGCGAAGGUGGCACCGGAAUGCAAUUGCGUUCUUCCAAGCGCGGCGGUGCUGAUCAGUACCAGGCCGGCUACUGA